GCGGAGCCCGAGGCGUGGGGGGAGGGGACGGGGAACGACCGGAGCCCCGCGGUGACCCCGAGCUGCCGAACUUCCCUUGGCUUCCUGGAGCGGGGGACGCACCCAAACAAGGUGAACUUUGGUCGCGGAAAACUCCAGCCAGGUGCCGGGAUCCGCGCCGCGGCGGUCGGGACCGGGCGCAGGCUGAGCGCCGGGCUGGGGAGCGAGAGCCCCGCGGCCUCCCUCCGCCCGCGCCCGGGGCGGCCUCGGCCCGGAGCCCCCCCUCCUCCCCCGGCCACGCUCCGGCUCCGCGGCCCCCGGGACCCGCCGCGGCGCCCUAGCCCUGUUUCUUCCCCCUCCCCCUUUGGGGGUGGGGGUGGGGCGGGGGAGAGGGGCGCCCGGAGAGAGCAUCUAUUGGCAGCUUUGUUAUUGAUCAGAAACUGCUCGCCGCCAACUUGGCUUCGAGGCUGGCUUCGCGCGACCCUUGAGUUUUCGCCUCUGUCCUGUCCCCCGAACUGACAGGUGCUCCCAGCAACUUGCUGGUGACUUCUCGCCGCUCCCCCGGCUCCCCCGCGUCCCCACCCCCUCUUUCCUCCCUCGUCUUCACCCCCACCCCCACCACUUCGGCACAGCUCAGGAUUUGUUUAAACCUUGGGAAACUGGUUCAGGUCCAGGUUUUGCUUUGAUCCUUUUCAAAAACUGGAGACACAGAAGAGGGCUCUAGGAAAAAGUUUUGGAUGGGAUUAUGUGGAAACUACCCUGCGAUUCUCUGCUGCCAGAGCAGGCUCGGCGCUUCCACCCCAGUGCAGCCUUCCCCUGGCGGUGGUGAAAGAGACUCAGGAGUCGCUGCUUCCAAAGUGCCCGCCGUGAGUGAGUUCUCGCCCCAGUCAGCCAAAUGCUCCUCUUCGGGCUUCUCCUGCUGACAUCUGCCCUGGCCGGCCAGAGACACGGGACUCAGGCUGAGUCCAACCUGAGUAGUAAAUUCCAGUACUCCAGCAACAAGGAACAGAACGGAGUACAAGAUCCCCAGCAUGAAAGAAUUAUUACUGUGUCUACUAAUGGAAGUAUUCACAGCCCAAGAUUUCCUCAUACUUACCCAAGAAAUAUGGUCUUGGUAUGGAGACUGGUAGCAGCAGAGGAAAAUGUAUGGAUACAACUUACAUUUGAUGAAAGAUUUGGGCUUGAAGACCCAGAAGAUGACAUAUGCAAGUAUGAUUUUGUAGAAGUUGAAGAACCCAGUGAUGGAACGAUAUUAGGGCGUUGGUGUGGUUCUGGUACUGUGCCAGGAAAACAGAUUUCUAAAGGAAAUCAAAUCAGGAUAAGAUUUGUAUCUGAUGAAUAUUUUCCUUCUGAACCAGGGUUCUGCAUCCACUACAACAUUGUUGUGCCACAAUUCACAGAGGCCGUGAGCCCUUCCAUGUUACCCCCUUCAGCUUUGCCACUGGAUCUGCUUAAUAACGCUGUCACUGCAUUUAGUACCUUGGAAGAUCUCAUUCGGUAUCUUGAACCAGACAGAUGGCAGUUGGACUUGGAAGAUCUAUAUAGGCCAACUUGGCAACUUCUUGGCAAGGCUUUUGUUUUUGGAAGAAAAUCCAGAGUGGUGGACCUGAACCUUCUAAAGGAGGAGGUUGUCUCCUGGUUAAACGCUGUGGUGGAAAUUGUGCUUGCUGCCUCCACAACUGCAAUGAGUGUCAGUGUGUCCCGAGCAAAGUCACUAAAAAAUAUCAUGAGGUCCUUCAAUUGAGACCAAAGAGUGGGGUCCGGGGAUUGCAUAAAUCUCUCACGGACGUGGCCCUGGAGCACCACGAGGAGUGUGACUGUGUGUGCAGAGGGCACACAGGAGGAUAACCUCAUGCAUCAGCACACGCGGCCUCUCCCAGAGCAGUGCGGCUCCAUGGCUGAUCUGUUCUAGAACUUGCGCAUUAUCUCCAUCCGUAAUCUCAGUUGUUUGCUUCAGGGACCUUUCAUCUUCAGGAUUGGCAGAGUUCUAAAAGAGGAGACACCGAACGGAAUUAGAAGUUGUGCAACAGCUCUUUUGAGAAGAGGCCCAAAAGAUGGGAGAAAAGUCUUUGGGCGCGGAAAGAAAUGAAAUGUUGUCCAUCACUAUCUAGUUACAGAGUUCCCAUGCCCUUCCUCAGCUAGCUGUGCUGUGUGUAUCCGCGGUCUCCCUACGGCUUAGGCUAAUGUCAGUACAGGAAAAAACUGUGUGCAGAUAAGCACCUGAUUCUGUUGCCUUGCUUAACUCUCAAGCUCCAUGUGCUGGGCCUACAAUCACAGAAAUCUGGAAUUAUUUCCUUAGAUUCACAUAUAUAAACCAGAGUGUUCUAUGUUCUACAAACUUGGUUCUUAAAAAGGAACUGUGUCGCUAUGAAUCAGACUUGUGUCAUGCUGGUAAGAAAGACUGGAUUUUCCAUAUUGCUUACUGAAAUUUCUACCAUUUAGAAGAAGAGAACUACAUUCAUGGUUUGGAAGAGACAAGCCUGAAAAGAAGAGUGGCCUUAUCUUCACUUUAUCUAUAAGUUGGUUUAUUUGUUUUAUUGUGUACAUUUUUAUAUUCUCCUUUUGACAUUAUAACUGUUUGCUUUUCUAAUCCUGUUAAAUAUAUCUAUUUUUACCAAAGGUAUUUAAUAUUCUUUUUUAUGACAACCUAGAUCGACUAUUUUUAGUGUGGUAAAUUUUUCUAAACAGAAUUGUUAUAGCCAGAGGAACAAAGAUGAUAUAAAAUAUUGUUGCUCUGACAAAAAUACAUGUAUUUCAUUCUCAUACGGUGCUAGAGCUUAGAUUAACCUGCAUUUUAAAAUACUGAAGUGGGAAAUCAAUAGAAUUUGAUAAGUCACAAAGACUUUUUGAAAAUAAAUGAUCAUGUCUUCUGCCCCCAUUAUUGGAGAUGCAAAUAAACAAGCAACAUAUGAACGUAGGCAUUCAGAUCCAGUCGUGACUAAACCCUAGCCCUUCUUUUGGGAAGUGUGAGCCUAGCUCAGAAGAAAAAAGCACCUUGAAAAGAGACUGGACCGCUUACUGACAAAGCGUGCUCUGCUGUCCUGUAGGAACACAUCCUAUUUAUUGUGAUGUUCUGGUUUUAUUAUCUUUAAACUCUGUUCCAUACCCUUGUAUAAAUACAUGGAUAUUUUUAUGUACAGAAGUAUAUCCUUUAACCAAUUCACUCAUUGUACUCUUUGGCAAUUGAAAUGAAAAUCAGUAAAAUACUUUGCUUGUACAAUGCUUAAUAUUGUGCCUAGGUUAUGUGGUGACUAUUUGAAUUAAAAAUGUACUGAAUCACCAAAUAAAAAAAAUGUGGCUAUUUUGGGGAGAAAUGGAGUGUGUGUGUGUGUGUGUGCGCGCACGCAAGAUUUGUCUCUUGAAUUCCAAGACAGUGAAAGUAAUCAAGCUUCAUGUUAACCAUGAUUUCCAUUAUCCAAAGGCCUGCGUCCAUUCAAAAGACAGGUAGAAAAGCGCUGAGGUGUCCCUGUCUCUUGUCUCUGGUGUUUUGGAGCAGUUUUCUUUUUCUCACUGAUUUCUGGUAAAUUAAAUUGCACCUGACUUGAAAGUUUUAUGUGAUAUAUGAAAUGCUUAGCGAUCGAUUAUAUGGCAGUAUGAAACUGAAGAAAAGAAUCUUGUGACUUCCCACUGUCUUCAUUCGCAGUGGUCGAUGUUAGGUGGGAUGAGCGUGAGUUGGUUUGGCACACAGACUACACGUACCUUAGCUAGCACCCUACCGAAGGGGCGGAUCCUCACCCUCGGGUACGGAUUUCCAUGCAGGGCUUGUGUCCUAUCUCUGCCGUUCUCCCUGGUCCAGAAGGCUAGGGCCCUGCUGUCUUCAGACUCCUCCUCUAGGUCUGGGCAGUCCCCUUUCUGGGUACUUUUCCACCCAGCAGUCCUACCCUGUGCCCAACCACGUGGAGACCAAAUAAAUGAACAUACACACGCUGUCUUAUUGACUUACCUUUUCAUGGUUCUGUCCCAGCCCCGGAGAGGCCUUCUAGGUGUAGCUCGGUUCUGCUCCACUGAAAAUGGGUCUCCGUCUCGGCAGUUCACAGCUCACACGAGCGUAGCAGCGCUGGACUAAAUCUGACAGUAAAUGACCUAUGUAACUGUAAGAUCCAGCGCCUCCAACCAUUGAAUGGAACACCUUCUUUCCCUCUUAUUUUUGAAUAUUUAUUUCUUGUUUACUUAUAAAAUAUUAAAAGCCAAAACAAAUUGCUCUAUGAAGGUAGUCCCAUAGGCUGUUGCCAGUGAGUGGGAAGAGUGUGAAGGCUAACUGCUUUAUGCUUAGUCACUCAUAGACCUUACUGUGUGUUUGACUCAAAAAAAAUAAUAAUAAUAAUAAUCAGCCCAGGUUUUAAUGGCACAUGUGACCAUAUUUCAGAAUUCCAGAAAAAUAUUGUCUGUAUUGACCACCACUCUUUUAUAUGUGAUAUCUUUGAUUUGUGCCCUUUGUCCCUUGAGAUGGACUGUUUUGCUACCUUGUGGUUUUUAUUAAAAUAAAAAACAAUCCUUA